AUGCGUGGAUACCCGCGUAGAUUAAUAUUCGUAGUCGGCAUCGCGCUAUUUCUUUUACUGAGUACGCGUCUGUUAAUUGGUCGUAGUCUUGUACUUCCGCUGGAUGAUGACGCAGCAUCAUCAUUUUCACCUCGUGGUCCAGAUAAUUUCAUCCAAGAGCCAUCGAGAGGAUUUGCGCGUGCGUAUGCACCUGGAAUGUACAUGAGAGGUCAACAGCCACUGAAUAAUUGCGCCUGUGCUUGGAAAUACGAAUUGCCUUUUUUAUUUUCAUACCCGGUUAAUGAAAUUCGGUAUACACCUCAAGCAGGUGAGGAUGGACCGUAUCGAGUUUUGCCGUUUGUCAUUCGGAGUAGUGUUGAGUCGGAUGGAUCAAAACCAUUCGCUAGAUUGACUCUGUGUACUCACGCGACCGCGGAUUUAGUUUACAAUGUCGUCGAAUUGGUCAAGCGAUGGGAAGGUCCAGUUAGUCUUGCUGUCUUUACACCAGGUCGAGAUGCUGAACUGGCUGUACGUCUACUCGACAGAGCUUGCCGCUGUGAGCCUCAAAUGCACAAGCUUUCCGUCCACCUGAUAUUUCCAGCAAACCUUCAGCCGAUCAUCAAAAAUAAUUAUCUCGCCGAAGAUGGAGACUGCUCGGCGCUGGACCUUCACUGGCAACUCCAGGAGUCUUUGACAGACAGAAAAGACCGAGGACUCACUUAUCCAAUAAAUGUAGCGCGAAAUGUCGCGAAAAGUCUCGCGAUGACAUCCAGAGUCUUGGUCUCAGACAUUGAAUUAUUGCCCAGUGAUAAAUUGGCAUCAGGAUUUCUGAAAAUGAUCGACGGACAGCCGCCACGCAAAGGACUUGCAUUCGUAGUUCCAGUAUUUGAAAUUGAAGAGACCCAGCAGCCGCCUAAAAAUAAACGAGAAUUAAUGGCUGCGAUAAAUAAAGACCUCGCUGUAUAUUUUCAUAAAUAUAUGUGCAUACAUUGUCAGCGGUUUCCUGGUAUCACAAAGUGGAUGUUGAGACCAGACCCAGGACGAGUGAAACCACUGAUUGUAACUCGACGGGAGUAUCCGCACCAUCGAUGGGAACCAGUUUACAUUGGGACUCAGGACGAUCCUCUUUACAACGAAAAUAUGACUUGGGAAGGACGUCAGGAAAAAAUGUCACAGAUGUUAGAAAUGUGCUUGAUGAAUUAUCAAUUAAUAAUUCUCGAUGGAGCUUUUCUUGUCCACACACCGGGAAUAAAAAGAAAGACUUAUCAAUUGAAUCCAUCCAAAUCAACAUUUGAACGUACUCAGGAAAUGCUGAACGCUCAAAUAUAUCAAAGCAUUACGCAUAAUUUGCUCAACCAAUAUCCGAUAAAUCGUAAAUGCAGACAAUAGAACUUCAGGUUUACAAUAAAUAAAAUAUUAAAUAUAUAAAUAGAUAUAUGAUUAGUUAAAGCGAAGAUAUAAAAUUAUAUUAUUUUUAAACCGCGUAAAUUUUAAGAGAUAAAAAAUAUUUUAGCUUCUUUCUACUAAAUAUUUAACUCAAUUAAAUUCUAAACACUUGCGACAACAUUUUACGUAAUACAAUAAUGCCUUCAUUGCUACAUACAUGACGUAGACUUUUGUCUAAAU